CCCGCGCUGGGAUCUGCAGGAGGACUCCCCGGAGCCACCGUCAUGGUGAAGAGGAAGAGCUCCGAGGGCCAGGAGCAGGACGGCGGCCGCGGCAUCCCGCUGCCCAUCCAGACCUUCCUGUGGCGCCAAACCAGUGCAUUUCUGAGGCCUAAACUGGGGAAGCAGUAUGAAGCCUCUUGUGUGUCCUUCGAGCGAGUGCUGGUAGAGAACAAGCUGCACGGCCUCUCCCCGGCCCUCUCUGAAGCUAUCCAGAGCAUUUCCAGAUGGGAGCUGGUGCAAGCCGCCCUCCCCCAUGUCCUCCACUGCACAGCGACCCUGCUGUCAAACAGGAACAAGCUCGGCCACCAGGAUAAGCUUGGUGUCGCUGAGACAAAACUCCUUCACACCCUGCACUGGAUGCUUCUGGAGGCUCCUCAGGACUGCAAUGGCGAGCGGCUUGGGGGCACAGACAGAGGCUCCAGCUGGGGCGGCAGCAGCAGUGGUUUCAUUCACCAAAUUGAAAACCAGGGUUCUCCAGGGCAGCCCUGCCAAAGCAGCUCCAAUGACGACGAGGAGAACAGCCGGAGGAAGAUCUUUCAGAACUCCAUGGCCACUGUGGAGCUCUUUGUGUUUCUGUUUGCACCUCUGGUACAUAGAAUCAAGGAAUCUGACCUCACCUUCCGACUGGCCAGUGGACUGGUUAUAUGGCAGCCUAUGUGGGAGCACAGACAGCCUGAAGUCUCUGGCUUCACCGCACUGGUCAAGCCCAUCAGGAACAUCAUCACAGCCAAGAGAAGUUCUCCUAUUAACAGUCAAAGUCAGAACUCUGAUUCACCAAGUCAAGAUGCAAGACAACAACGAGAGGGACUCCAGGUGGUCUCUGAGACACUCCAGGCUGACUCUGUCACGCCUAAGGCCACCCUUUCAGGGUGCCACCGAGGAAAUUCCUUUGAUGGAAGCUUGGCCUCCCAAACUUCCCAGGAAAGAGGCCCAUCUCAUUCCAGGGCCUCUCUCGUGAUACCACCAUGCCAGAGGUCACGCUAUGCCACCUACUUCGACGUUGCUGUUCUCCGCUGCCUCCUCCAGCCUCACUGGUCUGAGGAAGGCACCCAGUGGUCCCUGAUGUAUUAUCUACAAAGGCUGCGACACAUGCUGGAAGAGAAGCCAGAAAAGACAGCAGAGCCAGAUAUUCCUCUUCUUCCCAGGCCCAGGAGUAGCUCAAUGGUGGCUGCAGCUCCCUCCCUUGUGAACACCCACAAGACCCAAGAUCUCACCAUGAAAUGUAAUGAAGAAGAAAAGUCUCUCAGCCCUGAAGCCUUUUCCAAGGUUUCACUGACCAAUCUUCGCAGAUCUGCCGUCCCAGAUCUUUCUUCAGACUUGGGCAUGAACAUCUUUAAGAAAUUCAAGAGCCGCAAAGAGGACCGGGAGAGGAAAGGCUCCAUCCCCUUCCACCACACAGGGAAGAGGAGGCCUCGAAGAAUGGGUGUGCCGUUCCUGCUUCAUGAGGACCACCUGGAUGUCUCUCCUACCCGCAGCACAUUUUCCUUUGGAAGUUUCUCUGGGCUUGGAGAAGACAGACGAGGCAUUGAGAAAGGAGGCUGGCAAACAACUAUCUUAGGGAAACUGACCAGACGAGGAAGCUCGGACGCAGCCACAGAGAUGGAGAGCCUGAGUGCCAGGCACUCCCACUCGCACCACACCCUGGUGAGUGACCUGCCGGAGCACUCCAACAGCCACGGGGAGAACACAGUCAAAGAAGUGCGAUCCCAGAUCUCCACAAUUACAGUUGCAACCUUCAACACCACACUGGCAUCAUUCAACGUAGGCUAUGCAGACUUUUUCAGCGAGCAUAUGAGGAAUCUCUGUAACCAGGUGCCUAUCCCAGAGAUGCCUCAUGAACCUCUGGCUUGUGCCAACUUGCCACGAAGUCUCACAGACUCCUGCAUAAACUACAGCUACCUGGAGGACACAGAGCAUAUUGAUGGGACCAACAACUUUGUUCACAAGAAUGGGAUGCUCGAUCUCUCAGUGGUUCUGAAGGCUGUGUAUCUUGUUCUCAACCAUGACAUCAGCUCUCGCAUUUGCGAUGUGGCACUCAAUAUUGUGGAAUGCUUGCUUCAACUUGGUGUCGUCCCCUGUGUAGAAAAGAACAGAAAGAAGAGUGAGAACAAGGAAAACGAGACUAUAGAAAAGAGACCAAGUGAGGGAACUUUCCAUUUCAAAGGAGUGUCUGGAAGUUCCACCUGUGGAUUUGGAGCCCCAUCAGUCAGUGGAGCUGGAGAUGGAGGGGGAGAAGAAGGAGGAGGUGGAGAUGGAGGAGGAGGAGGUGAUGGAGGUGGUGGAGGAGGAGGUGGAGGUGGCCCUUAUGAGAAGAAUGAUAAGAACCAAGAGAAGGAUGAAAGCACACCUGUAAGCAACCACAGGCUUGCUCUCACCAUGCUCAUCAAAAUAGUGAAGUCUUUGGGAUGUGCCUAUGGUUGUGGAGAAGGACACCGGGGGCUCUCUGGGGAUCGUCUGAGACACCAGGUAUUCCGAGAGAAUGCCCAGAACUGCCUCACUAAGCUAUACAAGCUAGAUAAGAUGCAGUUCCGACACACCAUGAGGGACUAUGUGAACAAGGACUCUCUCAAUAACGUAGUGGACUUCUUGCAUGCUUUGCUAGGAUUUUGUAUGGAGCCAGUCACUGACAACAAAGCUGGGUUUGGAAAUAACUUCACCACAGUGGACAACAAAUCUACAGCUCAGAGUGUGGAAGGCAUCAUCGUCGGCGCCAUGUUUAAGUCCCUCAUCACACGCUGUGCGUCUACCACACACGAACUACACAGCCCAGAGAAUCUGGGACUGUAUUGUGACAUCCGUCAGCUGGUCCAGUUUAUCAAAGAAGCCCAUGGGAAUGUCUUCAGGAGAGUGGCCCUCAGUGCUCUGCUUGACAGUGCUGAAAAGUUAGCCCCAGGGAAAAAGGUGGAGGAGAAUGAACAGGAAAAUAAGCCUGCAGGUGCUAAAAGGUCAGAGGCAGGAAGCAUUGCAGAUAAAGGCCAGAUAGCCUCUGCACCUGAAGAAUGCCGCAGCUUCAUGUCUGGCCGUCCCUCACAGACUCCAGAGCAUGAUGAACAGAUGCAAGGGGGAAACUUGGGACGGAAAGAUUUCUGGCGCAAGAUGUUCAAAUCCCAGAGUGCUGCAAGUGAUACCAGCAGCCAGUCUGAGCAGGACACUUCAGAAUGCACCACGGCCCACUCAGGGACCACUUCCGACCGGCGUGCCCGCUCACGGUCUCGCAGAAUUUCCCUGCGGAAGAAGCUUAAACUCCCCAUAGGUAAAAGAAACUGGCUGAAACGAUCCUCCCUCUCAGGCCUGGCAGAUGGCGUGGAGGACCUCCUGGACAUCAGCUCUGUGGACCGCCUGUCUUUCAUCAGGCAAAGCUCCAAGGUCAAGUUCACCAGUGCUGUCAAGCUCUCUGAAGGUGGGCCAGGGAGUGGCAUUGAGAACGGAAGGGAAGAAGAGGAGAAUUUCUUCAAGCGUCUUGGUUGCCACAGUUUCGAUGACCAUCUUUCUCCCAAUCAAGAUGGUGGCAAAAGUAAAAAUGUCGUGAAUCUUGGAGCAAUCCGACAAGGCAUGAAGCGCUUUCAGUUUCUGUUGAACUGCUGUGAACCAGGGACCAUUCCUGAUGCAUCCAUCCUGGCCGCUGCCUUGGACCUAGAAGCCCCUGUGGUGGCCAGAGCAGCCUUGUUCCUGGAAUGUGCCCGUUUUGUUCACCGCUGCAACCGUGGCAAUUGGCCAGAGUGGAUGAAAGGGCACCACGUAAACAUCACCAAGAAGGGCCUUUCCCGAGGCCGCUCCCCCAUUGUGGGCAACAAGCGGAACCAGAAGCUGCAGUGGAAUGCCGCCAAGCUCUUCUACCAGUGGGGAGACGCAAUUGGCAUCCGACUGAAUGAGCUGUGCCAUGGAGAGAGUGAGAGCCCCGCCAACCUGCUGGGCCUCAUUUAUGAUGAGGAGACCAAGAGGAGACUAAGGAAGGAGGAUGAGGAGGAAGACUUUUUAGAUGACAGUAAGGAGACUCCCUUUACUACAAGAGCCCCUGCUUGCACUGUCAACCCCUCUAAAUGUGGCUGUCCCUUUGCCUUGAAGAUGGCAGCAUGCCAGCUUCUCCUAGAGAUCACCACUUUCCUGAGAGAAACCUUUUCUUGCCUGCCGAGACCUCGUACUGAGCCUCUGGUGGACUUGGAGAGCUGUAGGCUUCGUCUGGAUCCUGAAUUGGACCGGCACAGAUAUGAGAGGAAGAUAAGCUUUGCGGGGGUUCUGGAUGAAAAUGAAGACUCCAAAGAUUCUCUUCACAGCAGCAGCCACACCCUCAAGUCAGAUGCUGGUGGUGAAGAGAAGAAAGUUCUCAGCAGGAAGAUCAGGAUAGGAGGUUCUCGACUGCUCCAGAUUAAAGGAACCCGCAGUUUCCAGGUGAAGAAGGGGGGUUCCUUGUCCAGCAUUCGCCGGGUCGGCAGCUUAAAGAGCAGCAAGUUAUCACGGCAGGACUCAGCGUCUGAGGCUGAGGAGCUGCAGCUGUCCCAGAGCAGGGACACUGUCACUGGCCUAGAAGGGAGUCCUUGGAGUGCAAGUGAGCCCAGCAUUGAGCCAGAAGGGAUGAGUAAUGCCGGCACAGAAGAAAACUAUCACAGGAACAUGUCAUGGCUUCAUGUCAUGAUCUUGCUAUGCAAUCAACAAAGUUUCAUCUGCACACAUGUGGACUACUGCCAUCCACACUGCUAUCUGCACCAUAGCCGCUCCUGCGCCAGGCUGGUCAGGGCCAUCAAGCUGCUGUACGGAGACAGCGUGGACUCCCUGAGGGAGAGCAACAGUACCAGCCACGUGGCUCUUCGGGGCAAGAAACAGAAAGAGUGCUCCGAUAAGUCAUGCCUGAGGACACCUUCUCUGAAGAAGAGAGUUUUGGAUGCCAACUUGGAAGGGAAAAAGGAUUCUGGAAUGCUAAAGUACAUCAGACUGCAGGUCAUGAGCUUGUCACCUGCUCCCUUGUCUCUGUUAAUCAAGGCAGCACCGACUCUGACAGAGGAGAUGUAUGGAGACAUCCAGCCGGCGGCCUGGGAACUCCUGCUCAGCGUGGACGAGCACAUGGCAGGGGCUGCAGCCGCCAUGUUCCUGCUGUGUGCAGUGAAGGUCCCAGAGGCUGUGUCUGACAUGCUGAUGUCAGAGUUCCACCACCCAGAGACCGUGCAGAGACUGAACGCCGUGCUCAAAUUCCACACGCUGUGGAGGUUUCGCUAUCAGGUCUGGCCCCGGAUGGAGGAGGGAGCACAGCAGAUUUUUAAGAUUCCGCCUCCCAGUAUAAACUUCACUCUGCCCUCGCCAGUGCUCGGAAUGCCAUCAGUCCCAAUGUUUGACCCUCCCUGGGUCCCUCAGUGCAGUGGGAGUGUCCAGGACCCCAUUAAUGAAGACCAGUCUAAAUCGUUUUCAGCCCGGGCUGUGUCCCGCUCUCAUCAAAGGGCAGAGCACAUCUUAAAGAACUUGCAGCAGGAGGAAGAGAAGAAACGUCUUGGCCGAGAAGCCAGUCUCAUCACAGCUAUCCCCAUCACCCAGGAGGCUUGCUAUGAGCCCACCUGCACGCCCAACUCAGAGCCUGAAGAAGAAGUAGAAGAAGUCACCAAUCUGGCCUCUCGUCGGCUGUCUGUGAGUCCAUCCUGCACCUCUAGCACUUCUCACAGGAAUUACUCCUUCCGCCGAGGUUCAGUCUGGUCAGUGAGAUCAGCCGUCAGUGCUGAAGAUGAGGAACACACUACUGAACACACACCAAACCACCACGUGCCUCAGCCCCCGCAAGCUGUAUUCCCAGCAUGCAUCUGUGCAGCAGUCCUUCCCAUUGUUCACCUGAUGGAGGAUGGGGAGGUGCGGGAAGAUGGAGUAGCAGUGAGUGCUGUUGCCCAGCAAGUCUUAUGGAAUUGCCUGAUUGAAGACCCAUCAACAGUUCUUCGACAUUUUCUGGAAAAACUGACCAUCAGCAAUAGACAAGAUGAGUUAAUGUACAUGCUGCGCAAACUUCUCUUAAACAUUGGAGACUUUCCAGCUCAGACAUCUCAUAUCCUGUUUAACUAUUUGGUGGGGCUGAUCAUGUACUUCGUGCGGACCCCCUGCGAGUGGGGCAUGGACGCCAUUUCUGCCACUCUGACCUUCCUGUGGGAGGUGGUGGGGUACGUGGAGGGCCUCUUCUUCAAGGAUCUCAAGCAGACAAUGAAGAAGGAGCAAUGUGAAGUAAAGCUCCUGGUCACCGCCUCCAUGCCAGGCACCAAAACCUUGGUAGUUCAUGGACAGAAUGAAUGUGAUAUCCCAACUCAAUUACCAGUCCAUGAGGACACUCAAUUUGAAGCCUUGCUGAAGGAGUGUCUGGAGUUUUUCAACAUCCCAGAAUCCCAGUCAACACAUUAUUUCCUCAUGGACAAACGAUGGAAUCUUAUCCACUACAAUAAGACUUACGUUCGAGAUAUUUACCCCUUCCGGAGGUCAGUAUCUCCACAGCUGAACCUUGUACAUAUGCAUCCAGAGAAGGGACAGGAGCUCAUCCAGAAGCAGGUGUUCACUCGGAAGCUGGAGGAGGUAGGCCGGGUGCUGUUCCUCAUCUCCCUAACCCAGAAGAUCCCCACUGCACACAAGCAGUCCCACGUCUCCAUGCUUCAGGAAGACCUGCUCCGGCUGCCCUCCUUCCCUCGAAGUGCAAUAGAUGCUGAGUUUUCACUCUUCAGUGACCCUCAAGCUGGGAAGGAGCUGUUUGGCCUCGACACUCUUCAGAAAAGCUUGUGGAUCCAGCUCCUGGAGGAGAUGUUCCUGGGCAUGCCGAGCGAGUUUCCCUGGGGGGAUGAAAUCAUGCUCUUCCUCAACGUUUUCAAUGGGGCUCUGAUCCUCCACCCAGAAGACAGCGCCCUGCUCAGGCAGUAUGCCGCCACCGUCAUCAACACGGCCGUUCACUUCAACCACCUCUUCUCUCUCUCGGGUUACCAGUGGAUCCUCCCCACCAUGCUGCAGGUGUACUCUGAUUAUGAGAGCAAUCCCCAGCUGCGUCAAGCUAUUGAAUUUGCCUGCCACCAGUUCUACAUUCUGCACCGGAAGCCCUUUGUGCUGCAGCUGUUUGCUAGCGUGGCCCCUCUCCUGGAGUUUCCUGAUGCUGCCAACAAUGGACCUAGCAAAGGUGUGUCAGCUCAGUGCCUAUUUGACUUGCUUCAGUCCCUGGAAGGUGAGACGAUUGACAUAUUAGAUAUCCUGGAGCUGGUCAAAGCCGAGAAGCCUCUUAAGUCUCUAGAUUUCUGCUAUGGAAACGAAGACCUGAACUUCUCCAUCAGCGAAGCCAUUAAGCUCUGUGUUACUGUGGUGGCCUAUGCUCCUGAGUCCUUUAGAAGUCUUCAGAUGCUGAUGGUCCUGGAGGCUUUAGUUCCGUGUUACCUACAAAAGCUAAAGAGACAGACGUCACAGGUGGAAACCGUCCCUGCUGCCCGAGAGGAGAUUGCUGCCACAGCUGCUCUUGCUACCUCUCUACAAGCCCUUCUGUACAGUGUGGAGGUCCUCACCAGGCCUAUGACUGCCCCACAGAUGAGCAGGUGUGAUCAAGGUCACAAGGGGACAACCACAGCCAAUCACACUAUGUCAUCUGGAGUGAACACCAGGUACCAGGAGCAAGGAGCCAAACUGCACUUUAUCAGGGAAAACCUUCAUUUAUUGGAGGAAGGUCAAGGCCUUCCCAGAGAGGAGGUGGAUGAACGAAUUGCUCGUGAAGAGUUCAGAAGACCUCGGGAAUCCCUGCUGAGCAUUUGCACAGAAUUCUAUAAGCACUGUGGGCCACGGCUGAAGAUCUUACAAAACCUGGCUGGUGAGCCACGGGUCACUGCCCUGGAGCUGCUGGACGUGAAGUCUCACAUGAGGUUGGCAGAAAUUGCCCAUUCUCUUCUGAAGCUGGCACCAUAUGACACCCAGACAAUGGAGAGUAAAGGGCUCCGGCGCUACAUCAUGGAGAUGCUGCCCAUCACCGACUGGUCAGCCGAGCCUGUAAGACCAGCCCUUAUCCUCAUUCUGAAGAGGCUGGAUAGAAUGUUCAACAAAAUUCACAAGAUGCCUACCUUGAGGCGACAGGUUGAGUGGGAGCCUGCCAGCAAUUUGAUUGAAGGGGUUUGUUUGACACUUCAGAGGCAGCCAAUCAUAUCCUUCCUGCCUCACCUUAGGUCACUGAUCAAUGUCUGUGUCAAUCUGGUGAUGGGAGUGGUAGGACCUUCCAGUGUUGCUGAUGGAUUACCCCUUCUUCAUCUCAGCCCUUAUCUCUCACCACCUCUGCCCUUCAGCACAGCUGUUGUCCGGCUUGUAGCAUUGCAGAUACAGGCUUUAAAAGAAGACUUUCCUUUAAGCCAUGUGAUCUCCCCAUUCACCAAUCAAGAGCGAAGGGAGGGGAUGCUUUUAAAUCUGCUCAUCCCAUUUGUGCUCACAGUAGGAUCUGGAAGCAAAGACAGCCCAUGGCUAGAGCAGCCUGAGGUGCAGCUACUGCUGCAGACCGUCAUUAACGUGCUCUUGCCACCACGGAUCAUCAGCACGUCCAGGAGCAAGAACUUCAUGCUGGAGAGUUCCCCGGCCCACUGCUCCACCCCGGGGGAUGCAGGCAAAGACUUGCGCAGGGAAGGGCUGGCUGAGUCCACCAGCCAGGCAGCAUACUUGGCCCUCAAGGUGAUUCUCGUGUGCUUUGAGAGGCAGCUGGGAAGCCAGUGGUACUGGCUGAGCCUGCAGGUGAAGGAGAUGGCGCUGCGGAAGGUGGGUGGCCUGGCCCUGUGGGACUUCCUGGACUUCAUCGUGCGCACGCGGAUCCCCAUCUUCGUGCUCCUGCGCCCUUUCAUCCAGUGCAAGCUUCUGGCCCAACCUGCAGAGAACCAUGAAGAACUUUCUGCCCGGCAGCACAUCGCUGACCAGCUGGAGCGGCGCUUCAUUCCGCGCCCACUGUGCAAGAGCUCGCUCAUUGCCGAGUUCAACAGCGAACUCAAAAUUCUGAAGGAAGCUGUUCACAGCGGGUCCGCUUAUCAAGGGAAGACAUCCAUCAGCACUGUGGGCACAUCCACGUCUGCCUACCGCCUAAGCCUGGCCACUAUGUCGCGCUCCAACACAGGCACAGGAACCGUCUGGGAGCAGGACAGCGAGCCGUCCCAGCAGGCUUCACAGGACACCUUGAGUCGGACUGAUGAGGAGGAUGAAGAAAAUGAUUCUGUAAGCAUGCCCAGUGUGGUAAGUGAGCAGGAAGCUUACCUCUUGAGCGCCAUUGGAAGGAGGCGGUUCUCCAGCCAUGUCUCCAGCAUGUCUGCACCUCAGGCUGAGGUGGGCAUGUUACCCAGCCAAAGUGAACCUAAUGUCCUCGAUGACUCCCAGGGCCUGGCCGCUGAGGGCAGCCUCUCUAGGGUGGCAAGUGUACAGAGUGAACCUGGCCAGCAGAGCCUCCUCCUUCAGCAGCCACUGGGGAGGAAGAGGGGCCUGAGGCAGCUAAGGCGUCCUCUACUGUCAAGGCAGAAGACACAGACAGAACCCAGAAACCGCCAUGGGGCUCGGCUGUCCACCACACGCAGGAGCAUUCAGCCUAAAACGAAGCCAGCUGCUGAUCAGAAACGAUCUGUGACCUUCAUUGAGGCUCAGCCAGAGCCAACAGCUGCCCCCAAAGACACACUUCCUACUGCUAGCCAGCCACAGGGCUGCAGCCCAGCCCUGUCUAAGAAGCCUGAGGGAAUGGACAAACCAGUGCUCACAUCUUCACCCACUGUAGUUGUUGCAGAUCUCCAUGGCCUGUCACCUAAGCAGAGUGAGCCCCUCCUCACUGAAGAAGGAGAAAAGGAGGACACAGAGCUAACAGGUGCUGCAGCACACAGUCCCCUCUCUACUCAACUCUCUGACCCUGACGACUUCAAUGGCCUUGAGACAUCCAGCCUCAUACAGCAUGGAGACACUGUCCUUCACAUCAGCGAGGAAAAUGGCAUGGAGAACCCUCUGCUGUCCAGCCAGUUCACUUUUACUCCCCCCGAACUGGGGGGGACAGAUGUAGUCCUAGACGAGUCUCAUGUCUAGCUCUGAAUAUUGUGAGCACUGCAGAUGCAGUGAAGACAAGAAGGAACCGUACUGCUUAAAGUUGAACACUUUUAACAAAAGAUUAAUUAUAAAACAGCACUUUAUAGCCAGUGGGUAGCAUAAACCUAAGUAUAUUUGGCUGCCAAAACACCUAGUGUUUUAUAAACAUCUUAAAAUCAAUGGCAAAAUGUCGUAAUGAGAACACCAUGAAAACCAGGGAGGAAUAAGGGGAAAGAGCCAUUUAACUGCACAUUGUUUAUGACUUACCUAGAGCAGUUAAAAAUAUAUUCUAUUACAGUGUUGUUUUCAUAGGAAUACUAACAAUACGUUCUAAAAAGAGAAUGCAGUUUUUAAGGGGAUUCACAUUAUACAUCUCAUGAAAAUGUUUUAUUUUUAUAGUUUCAAAACUAGUAAAUCAGGUGCCCAAGCAAGUAGCAAUUUACAUAAUUGAUUAUUUAUCAAUAAGAAAAAUAUUUGAUUGGUGAGACUAAAUAACAAAACUGUAGUCGUUUUUGUUUUGGCCAACAAUACAGCUAGUUAGAUGAAAAAACUGCUAUUUUUAGAGCUAUGGACCUUUCAAAAUUUAUUUUUCAACUGUCAUUUUCACUGUAAAUCAAGAUGCUUAGUGCCAUAAAAUCAUUCCAUUUCAUAGCAAUCACUUAGAACAUUCUAUAAAUUAUAAGACAUAAUUCUGAAUUAAUCACCUAAACAGAUAUACAACUAUAAAAACUAAAUAUAAAUAUAAUAGUUUGAAAGAAUUGGCAUUCCUAUCUGAGCCCUGAUUACAUCAAUGCCAAGAUUAGUAUUUACUGGGAAAUGUGAUUACUUUCCCUACAAUGUUCUGUGCCUGCCCUCGAGGGCAUAUUUUCAUACAAUAAUGGUAGUGGUGUUAGAGAUAGAUCAGUAAAAUAACUUUUUCUCAAUAGUAAAAUAUUCUUAUGAUCUUUGGGACAUCUAAGUUUAUGAGGAAAAAAAUGCAAUGUAAACAAUUCCUUCAUAGACACAGCUUGUAUAUUUUACAAAUAGGGCUUUAACUUGAAGUGCAGUUACUUCAAGAAAAGUAUAAAAUUUAGCAGGCUUGUGAGGCCAGUACUUAAGUGGAUUAUUGAAGGGCUGGGCAUCAUAAAUGUUCACAAUUGAUUUCUAAAAUUUUAGCAGUUUAUAUUAGAAAACAGUUACACAAGUACUAAGCAUUAAAAGCUCAUAUACAUAUGUGAAUUGAUAUGCUAGUGUGUAUGUUUGAGUGUGUGUUUUAGUUCUCAAGUAGAAGUUAAACAGAUGUUGAUCACAUUGAGAUGAAUUUAAAAUACAUUCUAUAUGUUUAAAGUUUGACUAUUGGCUGUGAGAUGAAUAUGUAUAUAAAAAGAAGACAUAAAUCUAAUCACAAAGGAAAAUUAUUUUUUUUCAGAAUGACUUAUUAAAUAGGCACAGUUUAUAUUGUGACAUAAUUUCAGAUACAAUUUAUGGUUAUAAUCCCAUUCAAUAAGAGAAUUAAAGAUAUCAGUGAACUAAUGAUAACAGAAUAAAACUUUAAAAUCCACCAAUCAGAAAGUUAAGGAGGUAAAUGGCCUCUCUAAUGUUUUGUAACAUUUUCACAUUACUUACACUUAACGCUGAAAGAAUCUGUAAGUGCAAAAGUAGACAUGUAAAUGGUUUUCUGAUUCUAAACUGAUAUAUUUUGCCUGUUAAAAUGAUGCUGCUCAAUUAGCAUUAGAGGCCUUAUGUCUGGUAUUAUCAGUGUUGGUUACGUGAGUCUCUAUCUGUCUGUGCUUUGUUCCAGUUUCUUGAUUGAUUCAGAUUUUCUAUGUAUAAUUGUAUAGGAGUCAAAGAAGAUUGUUGAAUACUCAACAAGAAUCAUAAGUACCUUUAUAUAUAUAUAUAUAUAUAAUAUAUCUUAAAUGUAUUGGGCUGUUUUGAAAAUGAUUUUGCUGGUCUGUCUGCCUUUUAACCUGACUCCUUCACUCUAGGGUAUGGAAGUCUGCUAGAAACUUUUUCAAUAAGCUAAGUAAUAUUGUACCUUGCAAAAAAAAGCAUCCACUCUGAGAAACAGGGCCUUACAGAGUGGGAAUGGUUUCAUACUGGGACUACUGAGAUUUUUGCAGAUAUGUGCAUCUGUGCCAUUUAAGGUGUCCUUAAGUGUGUUGAAUGUAAUGUGUUGAAUGUUUAUGUGUUCUGGCAAAAGUAUCUACAUGUAUGUGCAUAAGACUGUCACAAGAUGUAUUCUCAGGAAUACCAUUACUGGAGUUUGUAGGAAAAACAUUUAAAAAACAAACAGCUGGGGAAGAUAAGGAAAAAGUUCAAGAUAAUUGACAAUCUUUUGUAAUAUUCAAAAUAUUCUGAGAGCAUGACUAAAAGCUAAUUAUUGGGUAUGUUUAGUACAGCAUUGGUAAUAACAGAUCAUUUCCUAAGUAAUGUUGCUUAAUGAUAAUUUACUUAAAUUUGAAGAAGAAUAAAAGAGAUACCCACUUUCCAAGGUUAAACCUAAAAUACACUUAAUGAAGAGAUUCCUUCUUUUGAAAGUAACUUCAAAGGGACCUUGGAAUAAAGAUAUAUCAUCCAUGAUAGUGGGUACAAAUUUAUAGUAUUUAGAUUUGGUUAAACCAGUUAAAAUCCUGGAUACAAAAUUUCUACAGCAAACCUUUGCUUUCAUUUAUGAACAUUUGCUGCUUUCUAUAAUUUCCUAAGAUAAGUUACUUGAUUCUUCUUAAAAGCAAGUUGAGUGAUUGAGUGCUUUGGGAAAAGGCACUAAAUAGUGUCAAAAGGUGUAAGUGGGCACGUGGCAAUGCUGGAGGGAAAAAUGGAGUAUUUGUGGUCCAGUUAGGGCCUGCUGCAUAGUCUGCUACUUUGUGCCUCCAAGACUACCUUAGACAGGAGGAUAUCUCUCUUCUUUAGUAUCUGUUCCUAAAGUCAGUAAAGAACUUUCUCCACUUUGCAGCUCUGCUCCUAAGGUUUCUGAGACAAGAAUAGGGUUGUGUAGAGAUCUAUAGGGAAGAAAGGGUCAUGAAAGAAUUAUAUUCCAAAACAUGAAUUAAAUAUCCUUCCUCCAGUACAGGAUACUUGACCAGAGCAGUCUCCAGAAUGUGCUGCUGUCACAUGGAGUCAUGCUGUUGCCCUGUGACCUCACAUUCCCAAGUCCAUGGCCUUGUGUCUUAGCAGUAAAAUGUCCCACCACCUCAUUUACUUUUGUGGGUCUCAACUGCUGGAUUUCAGAAGCAAACUUUGAUUUGACACUCAGGAGAAUAAAAACAAGUUGAGAGGGCAGAAUGUAUUUGGAAAAGUUUAUGACAAAUUUGCUUAUAUUGUUUAAGGAUCAUUUAGGAUCAUAGAUCUAAGUACCUCCAUAAUAUUUUUAAUAGUCACUGUGACCACAGGAUGAAAGUCCUUUAUUAGCCAUUUUGUAGGUAAAAACAAAGGAUUGACUACACAUCCAACUUCCCUCUGAAUGACUGAAUGACCAAAGAGCAUGGAAAAAUGAAUAUGCAUAAAUACUGAAAUGUUUAUGAAAGAUAUUUAUGAACGAUAUUGACUUCUGUGUUUGAAUAUGCACAUAUAACAAAAUAAAUCUGAAAGCACUUAAAA